CUCUCAAGAAGAUGGCCAUGGCUGAUCGACAUCCAUAAUCCAUCAACCGUAACUCAAAAGCCCCCAUUCCAGAAAACCACGACAGGUCACGUCGCCAACCCUAUGACCAGUCAUUCCUCAUCCCUCUGAUAGGUAUGCUGAUGAUAUUAUUCCGGCUGAUCCUCAAAGAGCAGUGCACAGUCAAGGGAUGGGGUGUGGGGGUUCGGGUCUAUUGUACCUGCUACUUACUGUGUCAUGUAUUAUUAUGCUACUGUAUCCUCGCCUUUUGGUUGCCUCGUCUCUGGGGCACGGACGGUGUCCUGGUCCUGAUCUUCCCAUCCCUGGUUCUAUUGCUGGGAUCAAUGUCCCGGUGGAUGAGGUCGAGUCAGUCCACUACAGCCUACAGGAUCGAUCGCAUGACGAAGCGCGUUGCAUUGUGUGUGUGUGUGUAUGUGCGCGCGCCAGUCCCGCUGUGCCAAAGAAGGCAUCCCCCGAUCGGAAUGGCUGGUAGGGGUCAAGAGCUAAGGAAGACUAGUGAGCGGUUGAUGGCUUUGCCAAAGCGUACCGCCCAGUCAGUAUCCCGGUAGACAGUAUCCCGUGGGAUCUCCAUCCUGCGUUUAUUACCUAAAGCUGUGCCGGAGAUAGCGGCUAACUACUACGUAGUAGUGUUGUCGACCUUCAGGAAUGAACAAAUGCCCCCAGCUAGUCUAGUGUAUUAGUGCAGCAUCGUCAAAAG